AUGUCUCACUUCGUUUGCAAGGCCUUCCUAGCUGCUGGAGCGGACGAAGGCACGCGCCAUCUGAAGCUUCAAACCAUCUUCGAGGACAACCGGCAGGGGCUGGUCGAAGAGCACAGGUAUUUCAUGGCGAACGAGUGGAACUCGAGCAAAGCGUGCCCGAUGCGAGUGUGCUUACGAUGCGAAUUUUUCGUGGCCUUUCAGGGACAGUGA